GGAAUGUACUAACACAUAUUAAAAUUAUGACUGAAUUUUGAUCAUGAUCUAUUUAAAUUAUUUUUACUUGAUAUUUAUAACUUAGGAAUUUUCAAAUAGUUUGUAACGUAAUACACCUUUAAAUAUCCCGCCGUUUUGAAUGCAUACUUUCGUAAGUCCUACAUGAUCCAUGGAAGCAAUGCGUUAAAAGUUUGACGUUUGACAGUUGGACAACAAACAAGAAAUAACAUUUGAAACAUACCAUGAAUGAUUACAAAAUUCCAAUAAUCGAGCCAACUAUCGAUUGUACAAAGGUUCCACCAAUUAAUCAGAAAAGAACGAUUUCUUUUAUUAAUCAUUUUAUUGUGCAUACUGUAACAUUUCUUAAUAAAUUUACAUUAUCAUGUGAAGAAAGACUAUUACAAUUUGAAUAUAAAUUACAAAGAAUAGAGGCUUCAUUAGAAAUUUUAGAAUCUUGGUUAUCAUCAAUCCCUGGCUUGGAACAAAAUCAAAAUACAAAAAGUACAGAAAAUAAUGAUAAUAAAGAAGAAAAUGUAUCUAAAAUAAAUGAACCUGAUAAUAUUAAACAAGAUGUUCCUAAAGAUACACAAACUGAAAAACAAUUAAUAAACAAAGAUUCACGUUAUGAAAAAUAUUUGAAAAUGAUACAUUUUGGUGUACCAAAAGAAGCUGUCAAAUUAAAAAUGGAACAAGAAGGAUUAAAUUCAUCUAUCUUAGACAAUGAAUCCCAACAAGUAAUCUCUAAGCAGAUAUCUACAGAAAAUGAUAAGGAUAAAGAAGAUUAAAUAUUUAGUUAUAUUAAAUUUAAUAUACUAAUUGAUUAU